AUGGACUCCUCUGCGCCCGGAGACAUUCACACACUUUUUCUUUUUUCUUUUUUUGUGUGUCCUAUUUAUCGAUUUAUUCAUUUUUUUUUUUUUUUUUGCCUGUGUUGCUGCUUUGCAACGCGAGGAAGGAGGAGAGUCAUAAGUGGUCACCCCGCCCACAUGUCAAUUGAACCGGACCAUUGGAGCUUCUUUCAGCUCCCGCCUUUUUUUGCGCUCCAACCGGGGCCGACCGCACUUGCACGACAGACUUCCCUCUGGGGAAGUGCUAUUAUUGACCACGCGGCCUAUCAUGCGCCAAGGACGAGACCGGGUGUGUGCCCAUUUCUCCGUCUCUACAAGAGCACAAGCGAUGUGUUUCGCAACCCCAGUCUUAACCGGCGUCUCCCGCCGGAGGCGGCGGCACGGAUGCUUGAGUCCCUCGUAGCACAACAUCCGAAUCAUUGUGCUGUUGUGCUACCUGGCAAUGACAAGGGUGAGAACGAUGGCGCGGACUUUGCCGUUCUUCUUGCCUGCAAUGAGAGCGGGCUGAAGGGACUGGAGCAGGCGCUUCUGUCGUGGAUUCUUGACCGAGGGGCUGGCACGACCACCGCACAUUUGGCGCAGAAGGGUGUGGUGAUGACCUUUGACGAGCUGGCCGAGAGCAACUGCCUGGCGUACCGACGGGACCGGGAGCCGUUCUUGAAACGGCUCUCAGCGGCUCCCGUGCCUGUUGGUGAUGUGGGAGCACUUUCAAACGAGCAGGCCAUACGCACUUUGCUCCACUCCCUCAAAAGCCGACCACUUUCAGCGCUAAGCCCAAUUCACAUUACGUUGUUCAACAUGGACGGCAGCGACAGACGGCCAUAUGAGGGCGUAAAAUUUGGGGGGGCCGUUGCAUGUUGA